AAAGUACUGCACCUUUAAAAACAAACUGCUCCCUGUUUUUGGUCCCAUCUGACGACCGUCCGGUGGCCACGUACGGCUCCCUGCUUCAACAGAUCUCCCUCUUCAACAUUAUACUUCUUUAGAAACGGACUGUCUCUGUAUCAAUGACAGAUUCACUUUUUAAAUUCACUCUAAGGUGUUUUUCUGGCACACAUGCGGAGGGUAAAGUUUGAAUGAGGCUUCCCUGCUGGGACUGUAAAGCGGGAGGAGGAGGAGGGGGCAGUCUGCGGGGUCGUCCAGGCUAUCGGAUCUGGGAUCUGCUCACAUUUAUAACCAGACAGACAGACAGAGGCUUGUUCGGGGUAGAGCUCAGUCGGACGGGCAGGCGGACGGGCUGAUUCACCGAAGUGGACGCGGACGAUUUGACUUCUGAUUUCUUCACACUGGACGAGAGAACGGACGGUGGAGUUUGGGAAUAAGAGAAAAGUUUCACUCUGGGUCUGGACUGGUCUCUUGACUAAACUUGGAGCUCCUGACAGUAAGCGACUGGAAAUAUCACUGUUUUAUAAACUUGUUAGACUUUCAGAGCUUGUAGCUUUACUUUAUUGAAGCAUACGCACAAAUCAUCUCCAUCAUGGAUAAAUACGAGGAUUUAGGACUCGAGGCGAGUAAAUUCAUCGAGGACCUGAACAUGUAUGAAGCAUCCAGAGAUGGUUUAUUCCGAACCAGGAGGGAUGCAGGAAAUAACCCUGACUUUGAGGAGACCAGGAAAGUGUUUGCGUCCAAAAUGACAAAAAUACACAUGCAGAAGCAUCAAGAGGAUUUGGCAAAAAACAACAUGGCUAUUAAAAUGAAUGGAGGCCACAACAGCAACUAUUACACCAAAGACAGACCGCCUAUCAAUAGUUACAGACAGCCGGGUGAAGCGGCAGCGAAGCCCCCGAUACUCUCUGGCCCAGUGCCGGGCACCACGGCUGGGAAUCAGUACGCACAGUUUGACGGCCAAAAACACCUCACAGGCAUUCAGCCUGAACCUCCAGCCAGCAGGGCGUUUGUCUACGGAAACAAUUACGAUAAUAAGGAGCGUUUAGAGCCACAUUCAUACCAGCACAGCACCCCAGCUCCCCACAGCCCUGGAACCACUUCUCAUCCCCUUUCACCAACUUUGUCCGGGUCUGACAGCAGCAUUUCAUCUCAGCAGCAGCAGCCUCAAAGACAGCCUGCACCCCCCUCCAACAGCAGUCUCCCACCCCAGCAGAAUCAGGCUGUCACCAGGAGUCCACCAUCUUCUGCUGGACCAGCUCAGGGAUGGUCUGGAGACCCUUCUUGCUCAGCAAAACCAGACCUCAUCCCUGCCCUGCCUCUUAGUGCUUUCACAGGGGGAGCUGACUUCCACAAACAGCAGCAGCCUUCCACACAACCUUCAACCCAUUAUGUACCAUCCUCCCCGACUUCCAAACCCUCCGCCAGCCAUAACGGUCCAGUGGCAGCUUCCUCGCUCCUCCUACCUGCAACUUCUGAAACAUCUCAACCCAAAGUUCACGGGGCGUCUGCUAACUUGAUCCCUGGAAAUGUCUCCAAAAGCAGCAAAAAAGUUCACAGCCAGAGCCAAGGACCCAGCUUUGGACAGGCCACCAGUGCUACAGCUGAAGUGCCAUGCCCCAUCAAGUCUGUCCAACUACCCUGUCAGCCUCUUCUAUCACAACUCCCAGAACAAGGGCCUACUGCGGCUGAAAUCAAACUAGAAGCUCUCACAAAGCGCCUGGAGAAAGAGAUGGACGCCCAACCAAAGGCUGACUACUUUGGAAUCUGCGUCAAAUGCAACAAGUCUGUGUAUGGAGCCAGCCAGGCCUGCCAAGCUAUGGGUAGCCUCUACCACGACUCCUGCUUCACCUGCAGCGCCUGUAGUCGAAGGCUGAGAGGGAAAGCGUUCUACUACGUCGGGGGAAAGGUUUUCUGUGAAGAGGACUUUCUGUACUCGGGUUUCCAGCAGUCUGCAGACAAGUGCAACGCAUGUGGACAUCUGAUCAUGGACAUGAUCCUGCAGGCCCUCGGGAAGUCGUACCACCCCGGCUGUUUCCGCUGUGUCAUCUGUAAUGAGAGCCUUGACGGAGUGCCCUUCACAGUGGACACUGAAAAUAAGAUCUACUGUCUCAAAGACUACCACAGGGUCCUAGCACCCAAAUGUGCCGCCUGUAACCAGCCCAUCCUACCCUCAGAGGGGUCUGAUGAAACCAUUCGAGUCGUCUCCAUGGACAAAGACUAUCACGUGGAAUGCUAUCACUGUGAGGAAUGUAAGAUGGAGCUGAAUGAUGAGGAGGGUCACCGCUGCUACCCUCUCAACGGCCACCUCCUCUGCCACUCCUGCCAUCUGAAGAACAUCGAGUCAGGCUGCUCCUCUUCCCUUUCUUCCUCCUCCUUCUGAUCCCUGUUGUGUGUGGAGCUUGGGAGACACCUGGUGGAUAUGUGGAGGAACUGCCAAAGAGUGACUGACAGCAGGAGCAGAUGUGUGCAAUUCUUGUUGUAGAGGAUUGAUUAAUGUGAUGUUUUACAUCAUACAAAGGCUUGUGUGUAUUUUUACAGGACUGCUCAUUAAGUUUUUAUUUUGUAGAGAGAGGUUUUGAGGUUUUGAAUGUGGAGUUUUCUAACACACUAAAGCCCUUCAUUGAAUGCAUUGAUUAUACUGGCUGUCUACUUUGCAAAAGUGUUGCCAUUUGAUUAUUUUAAUGUAAAUGUCCCUUUCAUUUAUGGUGCAAACAUUUAAAAGUCAACUCAUGUUAAAUAAGGUCACUCUCAACGUCAUCUUCACAUUUUUACUGCAAUAUUAUAGUUUAAAUUUGACCGAUAAGCUAUCUCAAAACUCCUGAUAGAGAUUAUAAAUCCACCCCAGAAAAUUACCAAAUUACAGCCACCAAAUGUUAAAAAAUGCAACUAGAAUAAAUGUUUAAUUAUAUAAUACUAUAUCAUGCAAGCUGUAGAUUUACACAGAAUUUUCCAGAUGCACAUUAUGCCACCACAUCUACAUACAAUAUAACAAGUGUGUACAUAUGUAUGUAUGAAUGAGCAACAACAUCACUUUCUAACAAAAGUGAUGUUAGAAUUUAUUUAACAUAACAUUACACAUUGCUUCCCUUUUAAAUUGUAACUGAUGUUGUCCCAAAAGUGUUCAUUUUUUCAUCUCUAAGUGGACACCAAUGUUUUUCAGUAUCAGUAUGAAAAUUCCUGAAUGAAAUGAAAUAAAUAUUUUUUAACACAUUCACCAUUCCAUGAAAAUAUGAGACAGUGCCAUUAUCCUGGAGAUAGAUCUGCCUUUGUGCUUUUGGGCUUCACAUUUAUAACAUGACUUUUCCUAUUUUUUCCACAUCUGAGCAGGAAGGUUGACAGCCAUGGUUUGUCUAAUGCAGUAUGCUAUAAGCACUAAUAAACAGAUGUGUGUGUUCUUGAUACACUAAUGAAGAGGUGAUAUGAAGCCUGCAGCACCAUGUAUAUUGUUACAUUUGCAAACAUUGUCUAUUUAAAAAGAAGGAAUAUUUGAAAGACCUGUAUUCUUAUUUGUUUUCCUAUCCUGACUGAGCAAACACCUUCAGAUGCUGCUUGGAUAUGCAGUGAUAUGAACUGUUUUGAUUGCCGACUUUGCCAUUUAUAUGUUAUUCUUUCAUGCCUUGGACUUAAUAGCCUAGUACUUAAGUUGCUUGUGUCUUUUGAGGUCCUUAUUUCCUAGCCAACUGUAGGGUAAGAUGAAGAGCAAACGUAUGCAUUUAUAUUGUAUGAUUGUUGUAAAGAAAAUAUUUAAUAAACUCAUUGCAAAAGUCCAAA